UCUCAGACUCUUAUCAAGUAAAAAAGAAAACAGCUGUUGGUAAGCAGCAACAAUAAACAGUGUGGUGUAUUUCAGCUGGCCACUACGGUUGUUUGACAAAAGUGUUCUGUAAAAAUAAAUUAAAUAACAAGAAAUAUUAAUCAAUACAAGUUUAACUAAAUGUUAAUUUGUAUUAUGUGUAUAGACGCAUUCACCAACAACAACAACAGUUUGUUUGAAUGAAGUAAAUGAGAAAUAAAAAGCUUCCAGCCGUCGUGGCUAACACCUCUCCAUUAUGAAUGCCGAUCUUGAUGACACUCACCUCUGCAUUAAAUGCAGUCAAACGAUAAUAGGCCUUGAAAACUAUAUUCAACAUCGCAAACAAAACUGCAAUCGAAAUACAACCACAGCGACUGUAACCACAACGAAUACGAAAGAUUCAACGUCCCAUACCGUAACUCCAUCGGAACAUCGUAACUCCGAUGUAACGCCACCAAUAAAUUAUGAGCCAUUUAAUUUCAAUGAACCCGAGCAACCAACAGCUGCCAGUCACGGUGGAAAAAGUUCAAAAAAUCUUGGAGAGAGUUAUGAAUUGCCGUAUGAAUUGGGUGCCGAUGUAUUCUUUUCAUCACUACAAUUGCAAAGUGUUCAAUCGUCCGUUGCUCAUCAUCCUGUCGCGACACAUCAGAGUAGUGGUGGCAAAACAGGUGGUCCUGGUCAAUUACAAAGACAAAAAUCCCUACAAUCUGAUCAUUCUUCACAUGAAGUAGAGUCAUGGAUGGCAACCCAUCAUGGCGACCAACAUGGCAGUGACAAUCUUCUGAAAGCCGUAAAUGACAUGGGCGAGGCAAAGAAGUCAUAUGAGGCCCUUUUUAAGCCCAUAACAUAUGAACACGAAUCGCCAGAAUUAAGCGAGGAGGAAGAGGACGAUGAGGCUGAUGUGGACGAAAUAGAUGAUGACGAUGACGAAGAUUAUGAACCAGAAGCAGAAGGCCAUGCCACAGGUGGUAAAUGGAAAUUGCCACUGCUAAGACAUUCUCCUCCCGUUGUGCCAGCCACGCAUACGGGUGGCAAAUGGAAACCCGAACAUAGACCAAACCUUCGAGUUACCCAUUCGCAAUUGUCUAGGCUAUCGCCAAACUGGGAUGACCAUAUGGACGAUGUUGAUAUAAAUGACUGCCAACACCCGCCCUCGGAUCACACAAAAGGCAAAUGGAUACCUGGAACCAAAGUCCAACGUUUGGAAUACAAGGAGGCCGUCGAGUUGGCAAAACAUUCUACAAAACAGGAUUAUUGGUGUAACAUUUGCUGUCGCAAAUUGAAGAGUAAAGCUAUCUAUGAGAACCAUCUGAAGACAAGCUAUCCCUUGAAACGUUACGAACCCGAAACCCAGUUAGAAAAGGCGGUUAUUGAAGAAAUCCCACGUGAGGACAUUAACAAGGGCUUUGCAGUAAAGACAGCUAAAAUGCAUGCAGUAACUACUGCGUCCACUUCGGCAAUUGGCAAAAAGCGGAAACGACGCUCUACUUUCUUGAGAUGCAGUUUAUGUAAACAUGUCAUGAGCAGACAUCUCAUUGGCAAGCACCUGAUUUCUCACUAUCAUUAUCGCCGCAUGCAACUACAUCCUGGCCUAUCGCUACACAUGAUUUUGGAUAAUAUCCAUUCGAUAGUGCUGCAGUCUCCCUUCCAAUGUCGCCCUUGUCGUUUUUAUGCCAACACCGAGGAGGCAUUUCUGCUCCACUGGAGUUCUGCUUCGCAUUUAGAUGCUUCCGAAGGACCGGGUCGUUUUUGGUGUUCCUAUUGUCGAUUUGAAUGUGAAGAUAAUAAUCAAAUGCGACGUCAUCUUUUGAGUCCCGAGCACAAGGAAGUUUUACUGGCCAUUAAUCGUUCUGUGCCGAUUUGCAUUAGCAAACGCCGGACCUUGAGUUGCUUGAAAUGUGGAUCUGGAUUUCGUUACAAUUUUGAGCUUCGCCGACACAUUCGUAGUCACCAUCCUGAAAUGGAAUACUUUGGAACAGCUUCGGAUAUUUAUCAAUCGAAAUUUAAAUGUCUUACCUGUCCAGAGGUUCUGCCUUCACAAAUAGCCCUCCAACGCCAUGAAAAAUUCAAACAUUCUGUAUCGAAAUAUUUUUGCUCGAUAUGUUCGCUAGAGUUCAAUAGUCCGUGUAAGGCAAGACGACAUCGCAAAACCCUAGAACACAAACAAAAAGCUUCCGGUAUUGAAAAGAAAAACGCUAAAAAUAUGGGGGAGGAGAAAUCGACAAUGGAUUUCGAAAUACGCGACAUUAUAGAAAUUUCUAAACCAAAAGUUUCAGAUUCCAUACUGGCCACAGACUCCUUCAUUACAAUCUACUCGGAUAACAUGGAAUACGAUGUUCGUUGUGUAUCCUUACAUCCGGCCGCAGAGUUAAAAUGGAAGGAUAGUGUAGAACUAAAAGAGUGGAAAACAAGCAAUACCUGUGCCACUGAAAAUCCUAUAACAGUUAUUCAGGACAAGAUUAAAAUUGAAACUAACUCCGAUGACGAGCCAUGCACUAGUGCUGAAGCAAUUAAAAGAGAGAAACUUCGAAAAUCUUUAGAAAUUAAGAAAACAAACAAAUGUCUUAAUUGUCAGGAAAUCUUCCAAUCUAGAGAUCAGUUAAUAGCACACCGUGAGAAAGAGCACUCCCUUUCCGUGUGUAUGGUAUGUGGGGAAAAAUUUGUAAAUGGCCAGAAAUUGGGUCAACACUUGCGAAAAUGUAAACCCAAAAUUCUUGGUAAUCGUGAAACAUCAGACUCGAAUGCUGGAACAAAAGGAGACGUGGAAAUGACAAGUCAAGAAGCGAAAGUGACACCUGAACAUGGAGAUGUAUUGCGGAAAUGCGAUCUAUGCGAAUUUGUCUCGCCUUAUGAGUCGGAAAUCAUCUUUCAUAACCUAUAUCACACCAACGUGUCCAUGGCAACACAAGAUCAAAUAAAAUGUCCUCUGUGUGAGAAAACAUUUCGGAAACAGUCAUUACGUUGUCAUUUGCGCCGUCACACAAAUGAGAAGAUAUUCGAAUGCACCCUAUGUGGGCUCAAGUACGCCAGAAAAUAUAAUCUAAAAGAUCACAUAGAUAGAGUCCAUGGCACAGUGAAUAAGCUGGAGAUGGGUGUUGUGAAUCAAAACAUACAAAAGAAAGAUUUUCAAUGUGACUCGUGUGAGAAGGUCUUUAAAAGCAAGCGAAGUUUACAGGACCAUUGUCUGACACAUCAUGAUUCUAAGCCGAACCAUCGUUUUGUGUGUCCUCGUGACAGUUGUGACUAUAGAACUCAUAACAAAUCCUUAUUAAAGGUUCACUUGGCCUCGCAUUCAAUUGAAAGUUUUAAAUGCCCCGAAAAGGGUUGUGACUCCGUGGGAAAGAGUGAAUUUCACUUGAAAAGGCACAAAAAGAUUCAUCUACCCGAUGAUGAAGUACGAUUUUAUAAUUGCGAUCAAUGCAAAUUUAGGAGCAAGAUCAAGAGUCACAUAAAACGUCAUAUGCGUUGUCACAGUGGCGAGAAACCAUAUCAGUGCCCGUAUUGCGAUUUUCGUACCAAUGUCUUGGAGAAUCUGCGUAAACAUGUCCUUAAAACCGAUAAACAUCCAGGAAAAAGUAUGUACGAAUGCAAAAUUUGCGAAGAAACAGCUAAAGAUGGUCAAACAGAUGUCAAGGAUGUAUACAAAACGAACUCCUUUGCCGAAUACCAGAAACAUAUGGGAAAAAGUCAUGAUAAAUUUGUUAAGCCCGAUACAAUUCUAUAAAAUACAUUGAACACAAAUUUCAAAUCAUUGAAUAUCAUCAAAUAAUUUCAGUUGGAACAAUAUCUUCAUUUAAACAAGUUUUGAAAAUUUAAAAAUUAUGUUCCUUUUUUAAUACAAAAUACAUGUUUUAAAACACAACACCAAUAUUUUUAUACACA